GCGAAAAUGAGUGUGAAAUUAGUUUGUGAAGCUAGUUUCAGCUUCGCACUAUUGCUAACUAUUCAGUUGGCAAUAGCAAAGUUACCUAUUGCAAAGCCUAACUGUACAGACCGUUGCGGAAAUAUAAACAUUCCAUACCCGUUCGGAAUGGGUAAGAAGGAGUGUUAUUUGAACGAAUGGUUUGAGAUUGAGUGCAACAAAAGCGUCAAUGGGCAUCCUAGAGCUCUUCUAAGUAGAAUCAAAAUGGAGGUAUUCAAUAUUGAUGCUAGCGGCAGAGUUACUGUCAAAAGUCCAAUAAUAUCCUCCAAUUGUUCCGGCAGAGAGACCGAUCUGCCUUUCAAUUUGACAGGAAGUCCUUUCUUUAUUUCCGACUAUAACGUAUUCAUUGCAGUAGGUUGCAACACCCGUGCUUUAAUGACCGAUAGUCCCCUCCAACGCUUUGGGUGUGAGUCAACAUGUCUUAGCCAGAAGGAUGUUGAUUGGCGAAAAAUUCUUCCUAAUCUCAUAGAAGAGGAUUCCAGAAGUAAUUAUUGGGUAACGGACUAUUACUGUAAAGGUACCGAUUGCUGUCAGAUGAGUAUACCUUCAUCCCUUCAGGUUUUCAAUCCAAGUUUACAGGCCAUAGAUGUUAAUCAAAGCACAGAUGGUUGCAAGCUGGCAUUUCUAGCAGGAUCAUUAUGGCAUUCCUGGAUAGAAAAGGAUCCAAAAGUCAAUUUUCCGAUGGUGCUAGAAUGGAUGGUCAAUUUGAACCGAACGGAAAGCCUAUGGAAUGGUGAUUACUCGGAAACCAUUGAUUGCCACACAUUUAUUAAUGAGGCACUAUUCCGUUGUUAUUGCAACCAUGGGUACGAGGGUAAUCCUUACAUUCGAUGCACAGAUAUUGAUGAGUGCAAAGAUCAAAAGCAUAGUCGUUGCCAUGGAAUAACAAAAUGUGUAAAUACUUCCGGAUCAUAUAAAUGUGUACCUGACCUAAAAUGGAUUAUCUUAUUGUGCAUAGGUGGGGUUAUUGGAACAUUGGUAAUAGGUUUUGGGACUCGGACUUUGGGCAAGUGUAUGAAGAAAAGAAGGAACAUCGAACUCAAAAAAAAGUUCUUUAAAAGGAAUGGUGGCUUGCUGUUACAACAACAAUUAACUUCAUGUGAUGGUAGUGUUCAAAAAACAAAAAUAUUUACAUCUAAGGAGUUGGAAAAAGCCACUGAUCAUUUCAAUGAUAACAGAAUACUUGGUCAAGGAGGUCAGGGCACUGUGUACAAGGGAAUGCUAGCAGAUGGGAGAAUUGUUGCCGUCAAAAUGUCCAAAUUAGUUGAUGAGGAAAAUCUACAAGAAUUUAUUAAUGAAGUUGUGAUUCUUUCUCAAAUCAAUCACAGGAAUGUUGUUAGGUUGUUGGGAUGCUGCUUGGAAACUGAAGUUCCUUUGCUAGUCUAUGAAUUCAUACCUAAUGGAUCUCUUUUCCAUUAUCUCCAUUACCAAAAUGAGGAGUCUUCAUUACCAUGGGAAAUGAGAGUACGCAUUGCUAGUGAAAUUGCUGGGGCACUUGCAUAUUUGCACUCAGCAGCUUCUAUUCCAGUUUAUCAUCGUGACAUUAAAUCCACAAAUAUACUCUUAGAUGAGAAGCACCGAGCAAAAGUAUCAGAUUUUGGAACUUCAAGAUCAAUUGCUAUUGAUCAAACUCAUUUGACAACUCAUGUGCAUGGCACUUUUGGUUAUUUGGAUCCAGAGUACUUCCAAUCUAGCCAAUUUACAGAUAAGAGUGAUGUUUAUAGUUUUGGAGUAGUUCUGGUAGAGCUUUUAAGCGGAAAAAAGCCAAUUUGUUCAAGUAGCUCACAAGAAACAAUGAGUCUUGCCACACAUUUCAUGCUUUUAAUGGAAGAGAGCAAACUUUUUGACAUUGUUGAUAUUCGCAUUAUGGAGGAUUGCCAUGAACAAGAAAUUGUUGCAGUAGCUAAUGUGGCCCUAAGAUGCCUAAAUUUGAAUGGAAAGAAACGACCUUCAAUGAAAGAAGUUGCAAUAGAGUUGGAAAGGAUUCGAGUAUCACCAAGUUAUAAGUUGAAUGUUCAACAAAAAACUAAAGAGACUGAAAAUACUAAAGAGGCUGCUGAAAUAAUUAUGUUGGGGAUGGAUGAUGUUACUACUUCAGUUGCUUGUGAUUUUAGCAGUGUUGAAGCUGUAACAAUUGAUAUCUUUGAACCAUUGAUUGCUAACAGAACUUGGUAA